AUGGAUGUAGCGAUCGGGCUGCUGGGGCUGCUGACGGUUCUGCUGGAGGGCAGCUCCGGCCAAGGGGUGUACGCCCCCCCCACGGUGCGGAUCGUGCACUCGGGCCUGGCCUGCAACAUCGAGGAGGAGCGCUACUCAGAGCGCGUCUACACCAUCCGCGAGGGAGAGACCCUGGAGCUCACCUGCCUGGUCACCGGCCACCCCCGGCCACAGAUCAGGUGGACCAAAACAGCAGGAAGUGCCUCUGACAGAUUCCAAGAUUCCAGUGUCUUCAACGAAACCCUGAGGAUUUCCAACAUCCAGAGACACCAGGGAGGCCGCUACUACUGCAAGGCUGAGAACGGCCUGGGCUCCCCGGCCAUCAAAUCCAUCCGAGUGGACGUGUACUAUUUGGAUGAUCCCAUAGUCACAGUCCACCAGAGCAUCGGGGAAGCCAAGGAGCAGUUUUAUUAUGAGAAGACCGUGUUCCUCAGGUGCGUGGCCAACUCCAACCCGCCCGUGCGCUACAGCUGGCGCCGUGGCCAGGAGGUGCUGCUGCAGGGCUCCGACAAGGGAGUGGAGAUCUACGAGCCCUUCUUUACCCAGGGAGAAACCAAGAUCCUGAAGCUGAAGAAUCUGCGACCUCAGGACUACGCCAACUACAGCUGCAUCGCCUCGGUGCGGAAUGUCUGCAGCAUCCCGGAUAAAAUGGUGUCCUUCCGCCUCUCCAACAAAACUGCAUCCCCUUCCAUCAAGCUCCUCGUGGACGACCCCAUCGUGGUGAACCCUGGAGAAGCCAUCACCUUGGUGUGUGUGACCACCGGGGGGGAGCCAGCGCCCAGCCUGACGUGGGUGAGGUCUGUGGGGGUCCUGCCCAACAAGACUGUGCUGAACGGGGGCACCCUGACCAUUCCCGCCAUCACCUCCGAGGAUUCCGGCACCUACAGCUGCAUCGCCAACAACAACGUCGGCAAUCCCGCCAAGAAGUCCACCAACAUCAUCGUAAGAGCCUUAAAAAAAGGACGCUUUUGGAUCACCCCCGACCCGUACCACAAGGACGACAACAUCCAGAUCGGGCGGGAGGUGAAGAUCUCGUGCCAGGUGGAAGCCAUCCCCCCGGAGGAGCUCACCUUCAGCUGGUUCAAGAACGGGCGGCCCCUGCGCAGCUCGGAGCGGAUGGUGAUCACCCAGACCGACCCCGACGUGUCCCCAGGCACCACCAACCUGGACAUCAUCGACCUCAAGUUCACGGAUUUCGGGACCUACACCUGCGUGGCGUCCCUCAAGGGAGGCGGCAUCUCGGACAUCAGCAUCGACGUCAACAUCUCCAGCAGCACGGUGCCCCCCAACCUGACGGUGCCUCAGGAGAAGUCCCCGCUGGUGACGCGGGAAGGGGACACCAUCGAGCUGCAGUGCCAGGUGACAGGGAAGCCCAAACCCAUCAUCCUGUGGUCACGGGCUGACAAGGAGGUGGCCAUGCCCGACGGGGCCCUGCAGACCGAGAGCUACGACGGGAUCCUGCGGAUCGUCAACGUUUCCCGGGAAAUGAGCGGGACCUACCGGUGCCAGACCAGCCAGUACAACGGGUUCAAUGUCAAACCCAGGGAGGCCUUGGUGCAGCUCAUCGUGCAGUACCCCCCGGCGGUGGAGCCGGCGUUCCUGGAGCUGCGGCAGGGCCAGGGCCGCGCGGUCACCAUGAGCUGCCGCGUGCUGCGCGCGUACCCCACGCGGGUGCUGAGCUACGAGUGGCGCCUGGGCGGGCGCCUGCUGCGCUCGGGCCACUUCGACCUGCAGGACUCCACAGAGUUCACCGUCAGCAGCCUCUCCCGCGACUCCUACGGCCUCUACAACUGCAACAUCAUCAACGAGGCGGGCGCCGGCCGCUGCAGCUUCCUCGUCACAGGAAAAGCCUACGCCCCGGAGUUCUACUAUGACACAUACAACCCGCUGUGGCAGAACCGGCCGCGGGUCUAUUCCUACAGCCUGCAGUGGACGCAGAUGAACCCCAGCGCCGUGGAUCGGAUCCUGGCCUAUCGCCUGGGCAUCCGCCAGGCUGGCCAGCAGCGCUGGUGGGAGCAGGAGAUCACGGUGAACGGGAACAUCCAGAAGGGGGAAUUGAUCACCUACAACCUGACGGAGCUCAUCAAGCCCGAGGCCUACGAGGUCCGCCUGACGCCCAUCACCCGGUUUGGGGAGGGGGACUCCACCAUCCGGGUCAUCAAAUACAGCGCUCCGGUGAAUCCACAUCUCCGAGAGUUCCACUGUGGCUUUGAGGAUGGGAACAUUUGCCUUUUCACUCAAGAUGACACCGACAACUUUGACUGGACAAAACAAAGCACUGCCACGAGGGACACGAAAUACACGCCCAACACGGGGCCCAACGCCGACCGCACCGGCUCCAAGGAGGGUUUUUACAUGUACAUCGAGACGUCCCGGCCCAGGCUGGAGGGGGAGAAGGCCCGACUCGUCAGUCCUGUUUUCAGCGUCGCUCCCAAAAAUCCCUACGGAGCCACCAACACGGCCUACUGCUUCAGCUUCUACUAUCACAUGUAUGGACAGCACAUAGGAAGUUUGAAUGUUUACCUGAGGCUCAAAGGCCAGACUGCCAUAGAAAACCCCUUGUGGUCCUCGAGUGGGAAUAAGGGACAGCACUGGAACCAAGCCCGGGUGAACAUCAACCCCCCCACCUCAUUCCAGCUCAUCUUUGAAGGGAUCCGUGGCCCUGGAAUCGAAGGGGACAUUGCUAUUGACGACGUGUCCAUUGUGGAAGGAGAGUGUAUGAAAUCAGACCAACCGGCCAACAAUCUACGAUCAGGUGCUGCUGGGCCAUUAGCACAUAUACGACUUCUCCCACUCCUCAUCCUCAUGUCUGUCUUAAGUCAUCAGAGGUGACCUUAUCCUGGCAGAGGCUACAAGAGAUUCACCAGGCACUGGCAUGAAGAAAGAGUCUUUGUAAAAUGGACAUUUCCAAACAAACUACCAAAGAUUCCUCCACUGACUGACUCGAAAGUUAAAUAAAUACGUAAAUAAAUAAUUUAAAAAUUUAAAAAAAAAGCAGAUUAAGAAAGCACUGGGGACUUGAAAAGGCAUCACGGGAGUGGAACUCACUAAGAACCAAGCUUGAGACCGAGAUCUGGCCUAAGUAAGGAAGAGACCUUCAGGUGCUUUUUGUGGUCACUGAUGAAUUCAGCAUCAUCUGGUUGAACUCUCGGCAAAGAGCUCUAGAAACCCUUGUCAAAGCACAAAGUCAUGGCUGGUUUUGUUUCAAAUGAAUCGUUUGCUUGUUACCAUGGAAACCGAAUGGCCUGCCAAAAAAAAAAAAAGAGGAAGGAGAGAGAGAGAGGAAAUACAAACACAGAGAGAGAGAGAAACACCUCACUGUAAACAGGGUACGUGAAGAGCUGGCGUUCAUUUUCCCUUCCCGAAGGUUUUUAGCGUAGAGUUAAACAAAUGUCGGCCCUUUCUACUUCGGCUGUCACCUCUGCUCGAGGACAACCCGGAAUCGGAGCUGUUUGCAGACAUUCCCGUUUCAUUCCUCACGGCUCUGCUUGGUGACUGUGUGCUGUCUCCUUUUGCAUGCAUUCCCACCCAGGACGUGCCACCUGGGCUUACAUUUGUCACAGGCUUCACUGGGAGUUUGCUCGCGGCCGCUGGAAGAUCCCUCUCCCCUCCCCACCGGAGUCAUCAGCUCUACGGAAGUGAAGAAACCAAACCACCGUCUUUUAUAAAUUGCCAUGGAAACCAAGUGCCUUCAAUGAAACAAGCCUGAUUUAAAAAAAAAAAAAACAAAAAACAAAAAAAC